CGUCGGCUCCAAUGCACCCGCCUGCGAGGCAGAUCCACGACAAGCUCGGAGUCUAUUCCUCAAGCGAUCGACACCAACACCAGACUGUGCGGUGCCAGGGCGACCGAGCCGAUGAGAGGACGACGCGCAUGCCUGAUCUCAAGAGGGUGCCGGCUGUGCGCAUUGGUCUGCCGCUCCCCACGCGUAUCUCCGUGCGUGACGCUUAUGGCUGCGGCUGGCGAGACCGCUGAGAACGAGGUCACGAGAACGUUUCAAGCGGUUCUCACUCGAGAACCUGCGCGUCGCGAAGAGCACGAGGUGUCUUCGCCAUGCAAAAUUAUGGCAGACCCUCAUAGACUCGCGACCUCGCAGCUAGUCGAGUGCUCCCUCGGGCGUUCUUUCAAUGCCCGCAUCGCUUCGCGUCCGAUCAGGUGUGCGACCGUCGUCGCGGAGAGAAGUGUUCAUGUUCAUGUAUGACUCAGGUAAUCUUCUCAAUUUAUGACACCGUUCUAUAGUACAUCAUCAUGUGGC